AUGUUGACAGUUUGUAUAAUAUUGUAUUUAUUAUCCUAUAUUCAAGGAGUUUCUAGUUCUACAACACAAACAAAACCAAAACUAACACUCGAUGAAUGUUUCGAGUACACUACGUUUCCAUUUAUACGUUUCUCACCUGAUGGUCAAUAUUUGCUUUAUCAAACAAAAAUUCCAUCAUGGAAUAGUAAUGAUUUUCAGAAUAUCCUAUGGAUUUAUAAUAUUAAACAACAAAAAAAGACAAUUAUUACAAGAAAUCUGCAUAAGUCUAUCAAACCACAAUGGUCACCCAAUGGUCAAUGGAUUGCAUUAUUUCUCAAUAAAUUACCAGCAAAUUCAUCAGUUCACAAUCAAUAUCAACGAUCAAUGAAUAACUAUCCACAAACAGAACAAUACAUUUAUCUAUAUUCUCUUUCAACUAAUGAUUUAUUACCUGUUCAAAUAGGAAAAGAUAUUCCCUUAGCAUUUACAUGGUCAAAUACUGAUUUAUCACUUUAUUUAGCUACAAUUAAUACACAAAUAACGAUGGACAAUAAUAACGAUAUGAAUAACGAAGAAUGGAAAGAUGUUAUUCAAUAUCGACAAAAUAAAAUAUAUGAACAAAGUUCAAUCUAUCGUAUUGUUAUUGACGAACAUAAUUAUGUAUCACCUACAAAAAGGAGUCUUGUUAAAAAUGUAUCGUUUCUCGUUGGUGAACUGUUAUUUGUUCCAUUACAAAGCAAACUUUUAAUUACAUCAGUAUCACCAAUCAUUGAAUCACUUGAAGUAUUCGAAAUAUACUCAAUCGAUCUUCGAGAUAUAGUAUCAUCACCAGUUAGAUUAACCGACGAUGAAAGCUUAGAAAGUGGAUUGAGAUUAUCAAUAGAUGGUACACAUGUCCUGUUUCUAUCAAGGAGUUUAGGUUCUGGUAGAAAGAAAUUUAAUGAUACACAAGCACGUCUUUAUUCAAUGAAUUUAAUUGAUGGACAAACUACACGAUUAGCACAAAGUUUUCAUGGUGAUAUUUAUGAUUAUGCCCUCAACUCUUAUGGUGGGCUAUAUAUUCUUGGACAGCUUGGAACUGAAGUUCAGAUCUAUUCACAAGAAUCGUUAUCAAGUGAUUUAAUAUUACACUCUGGAUGGAAUGGAACAUAUGAAUCAAUUACAGUUUCAAAUCAAAAUAAUUUCAUUGCAUUUAUUUAUUCUUCAACUCAAAAUCCAAUGGAGGUUUAUAUAACUAAACAUAUGGACGAACUUCGAUCAGCACAAGCUAUUACAAAUGAAAAUAAACUAUUUACUCAACGAAGUCUACCUCAAUCAAAAACUUAUCAAUGGAAAAACGAAGAUGAUCAUCAGAUGAUUGAAGGAUUGUUACAUUAUCCACCUGGAAAGUUUCAGGCAAAAAAUCUCCCACUCCUAGUUCUUAUUCAUGGUGGACCAUAUUUAGGAAGUAUCAAUCGUUUUCUUCCAGACUGGUAUAGUUGGGCACCAUUAGCUGCUACAGAAGGUUGGUUAGUUCUAGAACCAAACUAUCGGGGAUCAUCAGGAUAUGGUGAUAAGUUUUUGAAUAAUCUUCGCUAUCGACCUUUAUCAUUGCCAGGAAGAGAUAUCUUAUACGGAGUUGAUCAGUUAAUUCGUGAUGGUAUUGUUGAUCCACUUAGGGUUAAUAUUGGUGGUUACAGUUAUGGAAGUUAUCUUACAAACUGGUUGAUUACACAAACAAAACGAUUUAAUGCUGCUUUGUCAGGUUCUGGUGUUAUAGAAUUUACUUCAUCAUGGGGAGCUAUGAAUUUACCUGCACUUCUUACUUAUUUAAUGGGUGGUUUUCCAUGGGAAGUUCCACAUAUAUAUCAAAAUGAAUCUCCAAUGUAUCAAUUAGAUCGAGUUCGAACACCAACUCUUAUAACUACGGGUGAAAAUGAUUCACGAGUACCUAAAAGUCAAAGUUAUAUGUUAGAACGAGGACUUUAUUAUCGAGGAGUACCAGCUAAACUGAUUACUUUUCCAAAUGAAGGACAUGCUUUGAUCAAUAAUCCUUGGCAUGGAAAGAUAAAAGUACGAGAAGAACUGAAAUGGUUAAAAAAAUAUGGUAAUCAAUCAUAA